AUGGAGUCCAAGUCCUCCAAAAAGAACUUUGGUGACCCAAGACCGAUUUCUGUAUCUAUUGGGUCCGUUUACGACGAAAAAGAUAAAACAUCAAUGUACAUCAAUUGUUACCUCAUUUUAUCUAAAAAAAUAUACGGGGAUGUGCAACGUAGAAACAUGCCACUUCCGAACACGAGCACCAAUUUGGCGGGAGCUUGGGAUGGCAUCCCGUUAAAUAACGUAUGCAUGGCCAUUGAGAACGACGCUGCUUUGUACCAGAACUUAACAGGUGACCCGUUGUAUAUUUUUGCAGAACAUCUGAGAUAUUAUGGCAGACCCACCAUCUAUAUCCUUGGUCUCGUCUUCAACACUUUGGCGAUAGCCGUGUUUUGCCGGAAAUCACUGAGACGCACGACGACAUGUAUGUUCAUGAUCAGCGUUGCAAUCUUUGAUACGAUGAAUCUAGUGAACGGUUUCUUUUUCUGGAUCCAGUAUGAUUUGAACGCUAAGAUAAUGACUGGAAGUAUAUUCUUAUGCAAACUGGUGGUAUUCACGCUUUACUUUGCUCCGGAAGCAAGUGCCAUCUUGCUCUCUGCGAUGAGCAUUGAGAGGUAUAUAAAAAUUCGCUUUCCCAUUAUGGCUAGAAAAAUAUGUUCAGUGACCAAAAUCAGAGUCACCAUAGUUUCCAUUGUAACGGUUCUCUUGCUGAUAAACCUACCAGUUUUAUUUGCCGAAAUCUACUUCAAGCUUCCACAAUGUCGUGACUAUAUUUGCUGGAAUAUAUUCCACAACAGCCCCCGGUACAUCACUCACGAAAGGAGGAUCACCGCGUAUUUUGUCGACGUGCAUAAAUGGGUGGCCGCCGCUAUUUACUUUGUCAUCCCAACUGCCACCCUCCUAAUUUUUAACACUCUGAUCAUGCUACAAGUGAGAAAAAUCAACAAGGAAAGCUCACGUAUGACAAGGAACACGUCAAUGAAGAGCCAAAUUACAAACAUGUUGCUGGUCGUCACGUUUUCAUUUCUAAUCAUGACGACCGGUUAUAACACAAUUCAAACCGGCAUCGUGGAUAUAUGGGGAGAAACUGGCACUGACUCGGAGGCCGAAAUAUCUUUGGUUUUUACUUUAUUUACUCUACUCUUUUACUUGAACCAUGCGUCAAACUUCUUCCUCUAUUGCCUUAGUGGACCCAAAUACCGACAAGUGCUGAAGCAGAUGAUGUUGCCGUGUCUGCGUUGCUGCCUGGCCCGCACGAAAAGCCAAAGGCAACCUGAGAGCGAUACAAACGUUGCCUCCCAGAAAACAGUUACGUCAACUGUGUCUGAAAGCACGGACAGUGAAAUAAGUGCCACGACCGGUCUUAAGUUUAAGGGACGUUACUAUGGAAGCAUGAACCCAGCUUCUGCUUCACGAUCUUAUCGUGUUUUUUGA